AUGGCUCAAGCCAAAUUCUUCUCUAUGGGCACGCAUCGAUUCGCUGAUAUCACAUCCGAGCCAGAAGUGGUACGCAUAAAAUAUGUCGAUACUCAACCAGCUAAAGGUACCUCGAACAAAGGCACAAUCAUGCUGAUCCAUGGCUUUCCCCAGACUGGGUACCAGUUCCGCAAGGUCAUCCCUCUACUUGCCGACGGCGGCUAUCGUACCAUCGUACCUGAUUAUCGCGGAUCAGGAGAUUCCACCAAGCCGAUGAAUCUUUCGGGCUACUCUAAGACCAGCAUGGCAACUGAUUUGCACACCCUUGUCAAGACUCACCUCCAGAUACAAGACAAAAUCCAUGUUGUCGGCCACGACAUUGGUGGCAUGAUAGCUCACGCGUAUGCAGCACUGUUCCCAGCAGACACAGCAAGUAUCAUCUGGGGAGAAUGCCCUCUCCCAGGAACCAAAUUCUAUCAAGAGACAAAAGACAGCUCGAUGCUCUGGCAUUUCAAUUUCCACAAGGUCCUGGACUUGCCGGAACUGUUGAUCAAGGGCAACGAACGAGCGUACUUGAAACACUUCUAUAACAAACUGAGUCAUAAUCCUGCGGCCAUAACGCCGGAGGAUCUUGACCAUUAUACAAACCUGUAUGCGCAACCUGGCAGUAUGAGAGCCGGUAUUAAUGUUUAUCGACUGUUCGAGCAGGAUGCAGAGGAUAACAAGUCGAUUCGAGACCGCAAUGGGAAGUCGAAGGUGAGAUGUUUGACACUGAACGGGGCGAAGAGUUUUUUGAAGCAAGCAGCAGCCGAUGAGGCACAGGAAUUUUAUGAAGACUUUCGAGUAGCGGAGGUGGAUGAAGCCAUGCAUUGGAUCGCUGAAGAGAACCCACAAGCCUUCGUCAAGGAGACAUUCCAUGCCAAAAUCCUGCAGCAAAGUGCAACACCCAGCGCAGCGAUAUCGGCAAAGCUGGCUAUCAUUAACUCUCCAGCACACCGCAGCGACGGCGGGCUCUCGAGUCCUGUCCAACUGCACCAUCACAAACGUGAUGCCUCGACAGCAGGACUCGACACAUCUCCCGGCAGUGCUGAGUCACCAGACCACAAUGAUGUCGACCCACGCAAGAGACCUGUAAAGAGGGCAUGUAACGAAUGCAGACAGCAGAAGCUACGCUGCGAUGUUGUGCAGGAACCAUGGCAGACCUGCAGCCGGUGCCGACGCCUUACCCUCGAAUGCAAAAUUGAGGACAACUUCAAGAGGAUAGGAAAGCGGUCACGUAAUGCUGAGAUGGAACGUGAGAUCAUCGAGUUACGGAAACAAGUCGCUACCCAAAAUGCACAACAACAGCUUGGCCUACCUCCGACGUUGACUCAAACGACGGCCGUCACCAAUGAAGCUGCUGCUGGUCUCCUUGACCUUAGGGAUGGUGGGAGCCGUGGCGGCCUGAAGCGACUCGGCGAUGUUGUUCUCACCCUUGAUCAGAUACAUGAAGUCUUCCAGCGAUUCUUCAAAUUCUGUCACCCGUUCCUACCUUUCCUGAACCAGGAUCGGCCACCAGAAGAUUACUAUUCGAAGUCCCCUCUGUUGUUCUGGACAAUAUGUUUGGUAGGAUCAAGACAUUGGACAUCGGAACAGCAGCUGUUCCCAACCUUGGCGAGACAAGUUCAAGCCCUGGUUUGGUCGACACUCGGUGAAGUUCCACAAAACUACCACCAUGUGAAGGCUCUCAUCCUACUGUGUGCUUGGCCAUUGCCCACUAGCAGUACCUCUACAGAUGCAACUUUCAUGCUAGCAGGGAUAAUGAUGCAGAUAGCCUUGCAAAUUGGCUUGCAUAGACCUGACCAUGCACAAGAUUUCACAAAGUUUAGGGUCGAACUUCGACAAGCAGAAUUGCAGGAUCGUGUUGUGACCUGGUGCGUAUGCAAUAUGGUAGCUCAGCGUAUUGCUACCGCAUACGGUCAACCGGCUCAGACCAUCUACGACUGGGCUUUAGGUCCUAAACCCAUCGAGUCAAACCCGAACUACGAGUUGCCAGCUGACAUAUACGCCCGUCUACAGAUCGAGAAAUUCGUCGACAAGGUCUCCAAGACGAUUUACACGAAUCCCACGGAUCCUGUAGGAUUGCCAGAGGACCACAUUCGUUCCGAAUUGGUGAAGCUUCUGGACCAAGAUUUGAAGGAGUUGGAGCACAAUCUGGAAGCUGAUCAAUCACAAAGCUCGGCUAUGACCAGGAUAUAUCUCAAGUCGGCCGCACUUCACCUUCACAUGAGUGCCUUCUUCUCUCAUCGUGACCUGCCGUCCUACAGAACCGACAUGCAUGCACUCUACCAAGCCACAGUCGACGUGUUGGAAGCCUGUCUCAGCUUGGAGUCUGAGUAUAGCAUCAACCUGCCCUCUAACUAUUCACACGGGCUGUCCUUGUCCUAUGCUACAAACUACAUAUUCCAUAUCAUGUUGGCCGCAGGCUUCUCUUUACUGAAGCUAAUGAACCAUUUUCUACCACAAAACGGUCUUGACAUUCAGCUCGAUGGAGCUACCGGCUUACUGAAGAGGACUCUCUGGGCCUUGAGAAGUGCAAGCGUUCUAGAAAAUGAUCUAGCCGAGAGACUGUCAGAAGUACUCGCUCAAGUUUGGAAGACUGGUAUCAAAAAGCUCGACGGGGGAUCAGCAAGUGCUUCUGAAGAACCAUCUGAUGAUCUCGGAAUCCGAGUCCGGUGUCGGAUGUCCAUGUCGGUUGUCUUUGAUUCGGUUUGGAGAUGGCGAAAGAAAUUUCAGGAUCAGCGUCCGCCUCCAGAUCCAGCUCGAUUUUUCAGAGCGAAUGGCGAAGCGGUCGCCACAGACCCUACAAUAACGGCCACGGCCGUUUCUAUGCCAAACCACAGCGACACAAUAUCUACACCCAUGAUCUCUGGUAUCGCACCUGUCAUUCCUGGUAUGGCAGGUAUGCCCACUGGCAUUGCAGAUGAUUUUGUGACGGACCCUUAUGCAUCGUAUGAAGUUUUCGAUUCCCUUAAUUGGGUAUUGGAUGGCACAGCUGAUUUCCCUUUCACCUUCCCGAGUACUUCAGACGACCACACGAAGUUCUUGUCCACUGACUUGUAG